AUGAUCACCGAGAUCCUGAAUACGCCAGGAGUCGCCUGGACCCCUGGUGCCGUGGAACGUUUUGCCACGGAGGCGCCUGGAGCCUCGAAGAGACUGAUGGGCGUGAAAGGUAACAUGACAACCACGAUCGAGUCGGCAAUCAAGCGGGGGGACAUCGAGCGUUUUGCUGUGACGGACGGCGACGUGCCAGAGGACUUCGACUCUGCAGCGCAGUGGCCAGAGUGCGAGAAGAUCAUCAACGACAUUCGCGACCAGUCGAACUGCGGAUGCUGCUGGGCUUUCGCAGGUGCGGAGGCCGCUUCUGACCGCAUGUGCAUCUCCACAAAGGGCAAGACGAUGAUUCCCAUCUCGGCCCAGGAUGUGUGCUUCAAUGCCAACCCUGAUGGUUGCGAUGGUGGCGAGAUUGACACGCCUUGGCAGUACAUCAAGGAUACUGGUGCUGUCAGUGGCGGCCAGUACAAAGGAACCGGCCCGUUCGGCGCGGGCCUUUGCAGUGAUUUCUCCCUGCCGCACUGCCACCACCAUGGCCCACAGGGUCAGGACCCCUACCCCGCCGAAGGCAAGCCUGGCUGCCCAAGUGAGGACUCGCCAGCUGGGCCGACGCAGUGCGAUGCCAGCGCUAAGGCGCCUCACAACAACUUCAAGGAGGACAAGUACUACUACAAGGGCAAGACACAGACGGCAUCUGGCGAGAAGGCCAUCCAGCAGAUGAUCAUGAGUGGCGGACCCGUCGAGACUGCUUUCACAGUGUACUCGGACUUCGAGCUCUACAGCCACGGGAUCUACCACCACGUCACUGGUGAAAUGGCUGGUGGACAUGCCGUGCGCAUGGUGGGAUGGGGAGUCGAUGGCGGCGUGAAGUACUGGAAGGUUGCCAACAGCUGGAACCCGUAUUGGGGAGAGAAAGGGUUUUUCCGCAUCAGGCGUGGGUCCAAUGAGGGCGGCAUCGAGGACCAGGUCGUUGGUUCGUCCAGCGAUGCCACCUGGGCACGUGGAGGCGCCACCGAGAUCGUGGUUUGA